CAUGGUACCGUGUCAAGUCAGGAACGCUUCCUUGUACCUCCUCAACAAAUGCAAGGACCCGGAGGCCCUCCACAGCUGAGAAGAUCGGUAUCUGUAGAUAUGCCUCGGCCUCUGAAUAACUCACAAAUGAAUAAUCCAGUUGGACUUCCGCAGCAUUUUCCACCACAGAGCCUGCCCGUUCAGCAGCAUCACAUACUGGGCCAAGCCUUCAUUGAACUGAGGCACAGGGCCCCUGACGGAAGGCCUCGCGUUCCCUUUGCUGCUCCUGCUGGCAACCUCUUAGAGGCUUCUCAUCCAAGACAUGGAAACUUCGUUCCCCGGCCAGACUUUCCAGGCUCCAGACACGCAGACCCCUUGAGACGACCUUCCCAAGGUCUCCCUAAUCAGCUCCCUGUGCAUCCAAACUUGGAACAAGUGCCACCGUCUCAGCAAGAGCAAAGCCAUCCUGCCCAUUCAUCUUCUAUGGUCAUGAGGUCUCUGAGUCAUCCCUUGGCUGGUGAAUUUUCAGACGCCCCUUUGUCAGCACCUCCACCAGCUGAAACAGCAUCUGAUCAU